CUGAGCUCUCCUUAAAGCGGCAGACGGGAAGCCUCUCACACACAAAUGGCGUCUCUCCUGUGCGAAGCAGCUGAUUUCCCACCAAGCACGACAGCAGGGACGGCGGAGAGGGCCUGAUCUCGGGCGCAGUAGCGGGUCAAAUGUUUCCACCCCGACGUUGGAGGGACUCGUAAUAAUGAACACGGGCAUCAUCCCUUCAGAUAUAUUCUCCUCUUCCUCCUCCUUCUGCUUCUCCUCCGCCUGACUGGUUGGCCGCCACUUCGUUAAUCCAAUUCAGGAGAUCAUCUUCUCAACCUUUUCCUGAGGUUACACCAUCAAGACGGCGUUAUCCCAGAAAGCCAGCUCGGUGGCGGUGAAGAUGACCACGGCACGGUACCGUCCCACCUGGGAGCUGGCCGUGGACCCGCUGGUCUCAUGUAAGCUGUGCCUUGGAGAGUUCCCUCUGGAGCAGAUGACCACCAUCACACAGUGCCAAUGCGUCUUCUGUACACUGUGCCUGAAGCAGUAUGUGGAACUCCUGAUUAAAGAAGGCCUUGAAACUGCAAUUAGCUGUCCAGACUCUGCCUGUCCCAAAAGAGGACACUUGCAGGAAAAUGAGAUUGAGUGCAUGGUGGCCACGGAGAUGAUGCAGAGAUACAAGACGCUUCAGUUUGAAAGGGAGGUGCUGCUGGAUCCCUGCCGGACUUGGUGCCCUUCCUCGACCUGCCAGGCCGUGUGCCAGCUAAAGGAAGCAGAUUCUCCAACACUGCCCCAGCUGGUCCAGUGUGCCGUCUGUGCCCUCGAGUUCUGCUCAGCCUGCAAGGCCAACUGGCACCCCGGGCAGGCCUGCCAGGAGAACAACUUGCCCAUUACCUCCUUCCUACCUGGAGAAAACAGCUCUUUCUACAAGAACGAAGAAGAUGAUGCACCAAUCAAGCGCUGUCCUAAAUGUAAAGUUUACAUCGAAAGGGACGAGGGCUGUGCCCAGAUGAUGUGCAAGAACUGCAAACAUGCCUUCUGCUGGUACUGUCUGGAGUCUCUGGAUGAUGACUUUCUCCUGAUCCACUAUGACAAAGGGCCUUGUCGAAACAAACUGGGCCACUCCAGGGCGUCUGUUAUCUGGCACAGAACACAGGUUGUGGGGAUCUUUGCUGGCUUUGGUCUGCUCCUGCUGGUUGCUUCCCCGUUCCUCCUUCUGGCCACUCCCAUCGUCCUCUGCUGCAAGUGCAAGUGCAGCAAAGGCGAUGACGACCCAUUGCCAACCUAAACACACCAUCAGGGCUGGAGCGGAGAGCAGCUCCAAGGAUGGGCCACAUUUUUAUGUUUUCUUUUCACCCCUUUACGUUGUUUUCUUCCCACCAGCUUUGAGCGCUUCAUUUUUUUUAGGGGGGUGGGGGGGGGGGGGGGGCUGAGCCUGCACCAGCACCAGCCCCUGCCACUUUGGGGUCCAUUGCCCUGCAUGAGAGAGGCAUAGUAGACCCUACACCUGGGCUUGAAGAGUUGCAGGGUCAGAGGAGGUCAGACUUGACUAAGGACCACUGCGUCUGUGAGACAUUGGUGGUAUGGGGACGUGGGGGAAGUCUGGACCAUUUCAAGUGGUCUUCAGUCGUGGGUUACUGUGUUGUGGUAUUUUGGUGGGUCAUUACAAGCAAAGGAAAAAAUCAGUUAAGAAAUGCUUUUCUCUUGACAAUAUCAUGCAGGAGCCACCUUGUUUCGUCGGUUUGUCUUACACAGUAAAAGCUUUUUCCCCCGCCACCACUAUCAAUGUAGCUCUGCAUAAUCAGUCAGUAGCAUUAGAGUUGCGCCACGCAUGUUUGGUGUUCACUCUAUUUGCACACAGAACGUGAUAAUCUCAUGUCAUGUUCACGACUGAGGUAGAGAAGGGAGGCUGUUGUCACUCUUAACUCAAUGUACAGCACGUCCUUUUGAUGAUCUUGAUGUCAACGUUUUAUAACCUGUUGCUUUUAAUAGAACUGUGCUCAGAAAUGUGUCUCUGUCUGUUGUACUGUACUGUUUUCCAACCUGUUAGGUACACUUAUUAAGGGGGAUUGCCACUCACAUCUAAAUAUACACUUAAUUUCUGUUGUCACCUGACAAGGAAAACUAGUUUUAUUCAACUUUCAGCUUGUGUUUUAUACCUGAAUGUCUUUUUUUUAUUUUUUAUUUGCAUUAUUGUUAUCAGCUUUCUAAUUCAUUUUCUUUGACACACCGCCAGACAUUAUGGGUCAUCUCUGUGCAAGAGAGAGACAGAGAGAGAGUGUGUUUCUGGAAGAUGUUGCAGGUUUUUAUGACCCUAGAUCCAGAAAUCUCCCAAACUGAGUGGUACUCCCCUUUAAGUUCAAUAUUACCGUGAAGAGAUGUCACUCCUAUAACUCUCAGUCCCCCAGGUGGCGGUUUAGCCAAAUAGAAAUGAAUAGCCUUAAAUUAAGAAAAGCCAAAAUCAGGCAUUUCCCCCUGUGCAUUAAAGAUCCAAAUCAAAUCCAAAUAAUCCCAGGGAAAGCAUGUUGAACAGCAUUUUAAAGCAUUACAGACAGUCAGAGAAGCCCUUUAUAUUCAAAUGAUUCUAUGAUGUCAUCCAUAUGCUACACUGUUAAUAACCAUACUGUUUUAAAAAAAAAAAUUUAAAAAAAGAAUUACUGUCCUAAACUGAUGUUUUGUGUGACCUGGGGCCUGUAUUUCCUAAGCCUUUUUGAGCAGGAGAGUUAAUCAAUAUCCACUCAACCAUCAUCACAAAUAAUCUGAAGCUCUACUCAGAACACAUCUCCUACUCUUUGAGACUUCUCAAAUACCCGCCGGUCCGAAUUGCAAACUUGCAUAUGUUGGUGGUCAGAGUGUCAGUGUUUUGUUGUGUUGGUAGUUAGACCUCCAACAACAAGCAGCUAUUCCUCACAGGGAUGUCGGAAGAGCCUUUAGAGUAAAUAUAAAAAGAAUGUUCCACUUUUGGGCACAUAAUUAUGAAGCUGCUCUAUACUAUAUCACUUUAUCUAUGCAAGUUUGUACAUUACCAUUCUUAAAAGGCUAUGGAUUGAUCAUAAUCAAGUGUAUGUCAUGAGUAGGUCCAUAUAGUGAAAGCAGCAGAAUGUCACCAUACAUGUGCAUAUCAUGGCUUUUGUUUAAUCAGGGAAUUAUUCAGAAGUGAUCCAUUUUAUUUUCGUCAUAUAUGUUUCUGUUAUCUGUCUUUGACCUAUAUUUAAAGUUUAAAGCACAUUUAAAGCUUCACAAAAAACAGCUAGACGAUAUUAAGUUAUUAAAUGGAAAAAAUGUAAACCAUUUAGUUAUAAAGUAAUUAUUUCAAGGUGCACAUGUGUUAGGUCAAAUCGUUUUUUUUUUGUUACCAUACUUUGCCAUUCUAAUGUUCUGAGAAAGCCAUUUACUACUGCUCACAUUCCCCUCCCUUCUGGUGUAAAUUGCCAGUGUCCAUGUAGCAUUUAAUGAGAGGUGUGGCUACAUUUACCAAAACAGUAGCUAAUCUGCAACUCACUCCUGUCCUCAUAAAUUUAGCUCCCAAUAUUCAGUAUGAUAAACCUUAUUAUUAGAAGCCUUCAAUUUAGAGUACCUUACAUGUAGCCUGUGUUGCUUUCACACUGACCUCAUGUGUUGUAUGAGCACGAUUAUUUGAUAUAAACGCCAGUCCAAUUUCUACCUUUUGAAGUUUGGUGCUUUCCCCAAAAACAGUUUGAUUCCACAAACUUAUGUUGUUUUAAUGACAAUCGUGCCAAGCAGAUUUCCUGGAAGGGAUAGGGAAACGGAGCCGUCUACUAUAUGUGCAUUUUAACCAUGUAUUUGUAAUGUAUUAACAGUUUUUACAGGGUGGAAAAAUAUUUUAACGCUUCUUUAUGUAUGUAAACGCUGCACUGUA